AUGAGAAUCGAAACCUGUUAUUUUUGCUCGCAGCCCUGCUACCCAAGUAAGGGCAUAACAUUCGUUCGCAACGAUGCGCGAACCUUUAGAUUCUGCCGCAGUAAAUGCCACAAGAAUUUCAAAAUGAAGCGUAACCCCCGUAAACUCAAAUGGACCAAAGCAUUCCGCAAAGCCGCGGGCAAAGAAAUGGUCGUCGACAGCACCCUCAACUUCUCCGCUCGCCGCAACGUUCCCGUUCGUUACAACCGUGAACACAUCGCCACUACCCUCAAAGCCAUGCAACGUGUAUCCGAAAUUCGGGCCCGUCGCGAACGUGUCUUCUACAAGAAGCGCAUGGAAGGCAAUGUGGCCAGACAAAGAGAAGCCAACCGAAAAUUGGUUGCAGAGAAUGAGCACUUGCUACCAAAGAUGCGCGGCAGCGAGAAGAAGAGACUCGAGGAGUUGGGAGAAGAGGUCAACGAGUUGGAUUUGGAGAGAGAGCAAAGAAGUGUGUUUGGAAAGCAGAAGAUCAGGCUCAAGGAGUUGGUUGAUGGUGGUGUGGAGGAGGCUGAUGAUAUGGAGAUGGAUGAUUGA